GCUCAAAAAGAAACAAAAAAAAAGCAGUUUCUUCUUCCCGACUCGCGACAUCUCUCUGAUUCUCUCACGGCGAGGCGCAAGGGGUACUACUCGUCGUAAUUAACUGCCGUCUCCCGAGCCAAACCCCCUUCGGCCUCCUUGGCGCCCCGCCAACCGCCGCGGCCGAGCUGUCCCCGGGGGGUCGUCGGUAGAUGGGCGUGCACGGGCUGUGGGGGCUGCUGGCCCCGGUCGGGCGGCGCGUCUCGGUGGAGACCCUGGCGGGGAAGCGGCUGGCGGUGGACGCCAGCAUCUGGAUGGUGCAGUUCAUGCGGGCGAUGCGGGACGACAAGGGCGACAUGGUCCGCGACGCCCACAUCCUCGGCUUCCUCCGCCGCAUCUGCAAGCUCCUCUUCCUCCGGGCCCGCCCGGUCUUCGUCUUCGACGGCGCCACACCGGCCCUCAAGCGGCGCACCCUCGCCUCCCGCCGCCGCCACCGCGACGCCGCGCAGGCCAAGGUCCGGAAGACCGCCGAGAAGCUUUUAAUCUCGCAUCUCAAGGCAAGUAGGCUUGAAGAAUUGGCAGCCAAAAUCAAAAGUGACAGGGCUAAGCAUGAUGCUAAGGGCAAGCAAAUUGAGAGCAAUACAGGAGAAGAAACUGAGAAAACAUAUGGAGAUCCAAAUCGAAAUGACGAUGGCGGGAACAGUAGGGGAACAAUUGCUCCAAUAAACCAGGAAAAACUUGAUGAACUGCUGGCCGCAUCACUUGCUGCAGAAGAUGAGGCAGACUUGACUGACAAAGGGGGACACAAUUCUGCAAGUGUUCCACUGCAACAAGGCACUGGCAUUGAUGAGGAUGAGAACGAUGACGACGAAGAGAUGAUAUUUCCUGUGACAACUGGUGACAUUGAUCCUGCAGUAUUAGCUUCUCUCCCUCCAUCAAUGCAAUUAGAUCUACUUGUUCAGAUGAGGGAGAGGGUGAUGGCUGAAAACAGGCAGAAGUACCAGAAAAUAAAAAAGGAACCUGCAAAAUUUUCAGAGCUUCAAAUACAGUCCUAUUUAAAAACGGUUGCUUUUCGUCGAGAGAUCGAAGAAGUUCAGAGGGGUGCUGCGGGCAAGGAUGUUGGGGGCAUCCAGACAUCAAAAAUAGCAUCAGAAGCUAAUAGAGAGUUCAUUUUCUCAUCAUCAUUUACUGGUGAUAAACAGACGUUGGCACAAAGAGGUGUAGGGGAGCAUAAUGUUGACAACGUUAAAUCAAAAAGGGAAAUUAGUUCUACUGUCUUCAAAUCCAGUCCCUCAAGUAGUUCUAGAUCAAUUAAUCCUCACAACAGUGAGCCCUUGAGAGAUUUUGGUCCUGAUGUUGAGACAUACUGUGAUGAGAGAGGAAGGAUUAGAGUAAGUAGGGUCAGAGCAAUGGGAAUUCGUAUGACUCGUGAUAUUCAAAGGAAUUUGGAUUUUAUCAAAGAGCACGAGCAGGCAAAAAGCACGGGACAGACUGAUGUAGGCAACGGAUCAACCAGCAAUGAAGAACCUCCAAAUUUUCCGGAACAUCUUUUUGAAAAUGACGGGCUGCAGAGUUCUGUUAGUUUCAGUGAAGAUUUUGCUGACAUUACUGGUGACAACCAUCACACAUCAUCACUGAUAGGAGGAUCUGAUGGCAUUUCUGAGGGCUCCUGUCAUGGAAGCAAAGGAACAAUAGAGAUAUCUUUUGUGGAUGAUCAAAUUGGAGUGAGCGACAAUGAUGACAAGCUAUUUUUGCAUUUAGUUUCUGGAACUUCAUCCAACAUAUUUGCGGCUGCCGAUCGUUUCGCUAAAAAUACAGAAGAAUCAGAUGACAACUCUGAGGGCAUUUGGGAAGAAGGUGUCAUAGAAGAAACACUUUCUAUGAAGGUUGAUGAGAAGGAUCGUCAAUCAACACCACCAGAUAACUGCUAUAAUGACGAUGAGGUGGAAUGGGAGGAUGGUGGCUGCGAUGUUCCUGGAGUUCCUUCCAGUAGUGAAUACAAUCAAUGCAAAUUAACAAAAGGGGAUAUAGAAGAAGAGGCCCUCAUCCAGGAAGCAAUAAAGAGAAGUUUAGAGGAUUCUGGGAAGCAAGAAACUGAAAAUGGGAUCCCUGAAGAUUUACAAAUGUCUGUUGAAGAUAAAUCUUUGCAAUCUUAUGUUGUCCCCAAACCAACUGAAGCUUCGGGUAUAAGUUGUUCCCUCUCGAAAGCUGUUGCUGCAGAAGAGAUAAUCAAGGAAAUUGGAAUAGUAAACAAUUCUGGUGAGGGUGGCGCAGUGCAUGACCCUGAUGGACAAGAAAAUGAAAAUCAAGCUCAACUGGAGAGUAAUGAUGAACAAGCUGGUACAAACAGAUCCUAUUCGCUGGGGUCUAUAUCCACCAGUACUGUUGCUGCAAGACCAUCCCACAGCUCAAAGGUUCAGGAUAAUGAUGCAAUCGCAGAUGCAAUCAGAACUCCUGAAUGGCCUAAGGGUGAAGGCCAUGAAGUUAUUGAGAAAAACACUUCGAAUUCUCAUAAAUCAAAAUCCAACACAAAUGAUCAUUCUAUCGGCGAUACCUCUAAGUCACCGCAGAAGGAACUUUUGAUGGACAAAUUGGUUGCUGACACUGCCAUGGAAAAGGAAAAUGAUGUCCAGGAAGAUGUGAACAUUACCACUUCUGAGAUCAACUAUGCAAAAUUGAGUGAGAAUUAUGAUAGCCAUGUUAUAUCAGCAAGUAAUCUAGAGGAGGAAAUAUCCUUUCUUAGACAGGAACAGGUAAAUCUUGGAAAUGAAAGGCGAAAGCUUGAAAGCCAUGCAGAGUCUGUCAGCAGUGAGAUGUUUGCUGAAUGCCAGGAGUUGCUCCAAAUGUUUGGCUUGCCAUAUAUAAUUGCACCCAUGGAAGCUGAAGCUCAGUGUGCAUACAUGGAAAUUAACAACCUCGUUGAUGGAGUUGUUACUGAUGAUUCAGAUGUCUUCCUGUUUGGGGCAAGGAAUGUCUAUAAGAAUAUAUUUGAUGAUAGGAAGUAUGUGGAAACAUACUUUAUGAAGGACAUCGAAUCCGAGCUUGGGCUUACAAGGGAUCAGUUAAUACGUAUGGCUCUGCUUCUUGGGAGUGACUACACUGAAGGAAUUAGUGGUAUUGGCAUUGUGAAUGCUAUUGAAGUUGUACAUGCAUUUUCUGAGGAAGAUGGACUCCAGAAGUUCAGAGAGUGGAUUGAAUCACCGGAUCCUGCAAUAUUGGGGAAACUUGAGAAGGAAACCAGUGACGGCUCAACAAGAAGGAAAUCUGGUGGAAAUGAAUCAUCUGAAAAGGGAAAUAGCCUGGAACCUGAAUGUGUUGAAGGUUCUGAUGGUAAACAUUCUUCUAAUGAGACCGAACAUAUCAAGAAAAUAUUUAUGAAUAAGCAUAGGAACGUGAGCAAGAACUGGCAUAUUCCUUCCACUUUUCCUAGUGAGACAGUCAUCAGUGCAUACAUUUCUCCACAAGUGGAUGAUUCAACAGAACGUUUUUCCUGGGGAAGACCAGAUUUAAGCUUGCUACGCAAGUUGUGUUGGGAAAGGUUUGGCUGGAACAAGGAGAAGGCGGAUGAACUGCUACUUCCUGUUUUGAGGGAGUAUAAUAAGCAUGAGACUCAGCUGAGGAUGGAGGCAUUUUAUUCGUUCAACGAGAGAUUUGCGAAAAUACGUAGCAAAAGGAUUAAGAAAGCGAUCAAGGGUAUUACAGGGAAAACUUUUUCAGAAACGGAUGAACUUGAUCAUGAUAGUCCCAGCACUAGUGAAGCACCAAAGAAGAAAGAGGCAGGCCCUUCUAGCCACGCCAAACCAAGAGGGAAAAGGAACUCCAAUGCUGGACCUAAUAGCUUUGCAGCUGCAGAUGAACUUGCAAAAGAACAUAGCAACGCCAGUAAGAAAAAGACCGCAAGCCCCUCUGGCCGUUCUAGAGGAAGAGGACGAAAGAGGACAAAUGCUGGACAUGAGACAGCAGUAAGUCAGGAAGAUUCAGAAGUUAAAACUUCUACUUUUUCCUCAGAUGUGGAUACACAUAAAAGCCAUGCCGGCAAUUACAAAUCAGAAGGAACGGCAUUACGUAGGUCAAACAGGAAGAGGAAACAAGUAACAUACAUGGAAGAUGGCCAUGAAGCUGAUGACAAUGAUACUCCUGUGUACCAAGCUGAUGAAAAUGACCCCAGCCCAGCUGCCAGUGACAUAGCUGGACGAGACACACAAUCGAAUAUGUUCCAUCAGGAUACGAGUGAACUGAACAGGGAUCAGAUUCAUGCGGAUCCAGGCACCGCCGUAGAUAUGAGUGAAGACUUUGAGUUCUGCGAGGAUCAGACAGAUUCUGCACCAAAAGAAUACCUUUUCACUGGUGGUGGAUUCUGUAUGGAAGAGGAUGAGGAACAAGAUGCACCAGGUGAUCGACCUGGCGCGGAAAUAAAGGAUGGAACAAGCGAUGCCUUUGAGGAUAUCGGUGGGGUUUCAGACAGUGGUAUAGACCUGUCGACGACUGGAGAGUGUGCAGAGAAUGCAAGUACGGAGUCCCGCGGUGCAUCUUCCUCGAAGAGAGGUAAUGUUGGCCUUGGUUUGCCGACGCUUACCAAACGUAGGAGAAAAUAACGGCAUGUAUAGUGUUUCACGCCUCCUGUCAUUGCAGCCUGUCCCGUUCAAGUGCGUGUAGGUCACUUUGGCUUCUUGCUUCGCGACCUUGUAGAUCAUAACUUGCUAAUUGUUACUGCUCUGUGCUAGCUUAGUUCCUGAAUAGUCUGAAAUGCUGGUGAAAAAGAAAAUGUUAGGGACGAAUAUUUUGCUAGCUACGAACUUGGUGUACAUCUAUUUGUGAGAGAGGCCUCCUUCUUUUCUGACUU